GCUGCCACAGAGAGAGAGAGAGAGAGAGAGAGAGAGGAGAGAGAAAAGAGGAGAAGAAAUGAAGAAGAAGAAAUCUUCUCCUCCAAACCCUCCUCAUCUUCCUCGCCCUUCUCCUCCUCCACCUCCAUCUCCAACCCCACCAAAUGGAAUCAUCCACUUUCGUAACCGAAACCCUUCUUGCAACAUCAUCAUCAUCCUCAACUACUCUUACUUCUUCAUCCUCUAUUGUUAUGCCUUUGAUUAUUCCCAUCCUCAGACCCAACUGAACCGAUUCUUUCUCUCCCCCUCUCUCGAUUCCGCCCUUUUCGAGGUACCCAUUUCGGUUUCUUUGAUUUCCCCCCUCCAUUUUCCCUGAUUCCGAUGCUCGCGUAUAUCCCUCCUUAUAUCUCUCCAUUAUUCAUUAUGUUCGCCGACUGGGUGUGACGAUCUCUCAACAAGUUGUUCAAAUCUCAGGAAUAUGUUUGGUGGAAGUGAUAACAACAAUCCCAUGAUUCCCGUUUUCAUGGGAAACUGCUUUCAGUAUGAUGCCAAUGCGUUGCCCCAGUUGCAGUUAUUUGGAGAUUUUCCAGUUGGCUGUAGUGCUGAUCCCUUAAACUACAUGGGCAAUGAGCAAACAACUACAACAAACCAGCCUGUCAAAAGAGUUCGGGAAGCAGAACCUGCUUCUAGGCAGCAAAAACUUCAUAUAUCUUUGAAUAAUAAUUUCCUUCAAGAUGAAACUGCCCAAGCUGGAAGAAUGUUGCAUCAAAAUCAAAAUCCUGUAUCAACUGGGUUGAAACUUUCAUACGAGGAAGAUGAACGCAACUCUUCUAUUACUUCUGCUAGUGAUGGCAUCAAAGGUGCCCUACCUGGUAUCUUGUCCCUUGGUGAUGGCAUUAAAGUUGAGAUUGAUCGGCAGAAAGAAGAAUUUGAUCAGUAUUUCAGACUUCAGGAAGCAAAGAUUACGAAGGGCAUACGUGACUUGAAGCAAAGACAGACAGCUUCUCUGAUAAAUGCCUUGGAGAGAGGUGUUGGCAGGAAGUUGCAGGAGAAAGAACUUGAGAUUGAGAACAUGAACCGCAAGAACAAGGAGCUUGCCGAGAGAAUAAAGCAGGUCGCCACAGAAGCCCAGACCUGGCACUACCGAGCAAAAUACAAUGAGUCGGUAGUCAGUGCUCUCAAGAGCAAUCUACAACAGGUCAUUGCACAGAGUGCCAUCCAUGCAAAGGAAGGCUUUGGGGACAGUAGUGAGGUAGACGACACUGCCUCUAAUGCCAACCCUAACCCUAACCAUCCUGGAGGCUCUGGCGCCUGCCCUUUGACGAAGCAGCAGCUUACUUGCAGAGCCUGCAAAUGUAAAGAAGUCUCUGUUGUGUUACUGCCGUGUCGGCACCUGUGUCUCUGUAGGGAUUGCGAAGGGUUUAUCGACGUUUGCCCUGUCUGCCUGGCGAUGAAGAUUGCAAGUGUACAAGUACUCAUGCCCUGAGAGAGGCAUUUGCCUGCUUAUGAACACUUGCAAUCUUCAUUGCUGCAGGGUAGGGAGGAGGAAGAAAGAUCAUGUAAGUUAACAAUGUCUGGCUUGUUAUAAUCUCUGGCUUUGUAAACUGAAGAAACAAAUGAUGGCUGGUAAAAGUGUUCUCAAACUUCAUCAAAUGUGCAUCUUCCCCUUCUGUGCAAUGGUUUAAGAUGAUUGCUUUGCUUUGCUUUGUUACUGCC